AUGAAAAAUCACACCUCAGUGAAUGAGUUCAUUCUGCUAGGACUAACAGAUGACCCAAAGCUAAAUAUUUUGAUUUUUAUAUUUUUAUUUCUCACUUAUAUACUGAGCAUGACUGGAAAUCUGACCAUUAUUACCCUCACUGUGAUAGAUUCACAUCUCAAAACACCCAUGUAUUUCUUCCUUAGGAAUUUCUCUUUUCUAGAAAUUUCAUUCACAACAGUGUGCAUUCCUAGGUUCCUGGUGAGCAUUGUGACUGGGAAUAUGAGCAUCUCCUAUAACUCUUGCAUGGCCCAGGUGUUUUUCUUCAUCCUCCUGGGUUCAACUGAAUUCUUCCUUCUGACUGCUAUGUCCUAUGACCGUUAUGUGGCUAUCUGCAAACCCUUGCAUUACACAGCAAUAAUGAGCAGUAAGCUUUGCAUCCAGCUUGUCAUUAGCUGCUGGCUUGCUGGAUUUCUCAUCAUCUUUCCACCUGUGAUCAUGGGGCUCCAGCUGGAUUUCUGUGAUUCCAACAUCAUUGACCACUUCACCUGUGACUCCUCUCCCAUGCUGCUCAUCUCCUGCACAGACACAACCGUCCUAGAGCUCUUGGGAUUCUUCCUGGCAGUAUUCACUCUCAUGGUAACAUUAUCAUUAGUAAUUAUUUCCUAUCUUUUCAUCCUUAAGACAAUUCUGAGAAUCCCCUCUGCUGAGCAAAGAAGAAAGGCCUUUUCCACCUGUUCAUCACACAUGAUCGUUGUCUCUAUUUCUUAUGGAAGCUGCAUCUUCAUGUAUGUUAAAACUUCUGCAAAGGAAGGAGUGGCUUUGACUAAGGGUAUAGCAGUGCUCAACACCUCUGUUGCCCCAAUGUUGAAUCCUUUUAUUUACUCUCUAAGGAACCAGCAGGUAAAACAAUCCUUUAAGAACAUGUGA